AUGUCUUGGCAGGGUUACGUAGACAACAACCUCGUCGGCACGGGCAAGAUCACCCAGGCCGCCAUCAUCGGUCUCAAGGGCGGCGUCUGGGCCACAAGCGCCGACUUCAACGUUGCGCCUGAGGAGCAAAAGGCAAUCAUUGCAGGCUUUGACGACCCCUCAGGUCUCCAGGCCGGAGGCGUCCGUGCCAACGGCAAGAAGUACUUCACCCUCGGCGUCACACCAAAGACAAUCUACGGCAAGCAAGGCGCCGACGGAUUCGUCGCAGUCAAGACCAACCAGGCGGUGCUCGUGUGCGUCUACAUCGCCCCCAUCGUCCCCGGAGACGCCAACAAGGUCGCAGAAGGCCUCGGCGACUACCUCGUCUCUGUCGGAUACUAA